GUUUUGCUGGAGGAGGAGUGAUAGCAAAGCUGCUAUUGUUGCUGUUGUUUUUGUCUGAGUAGUAAUGGGCAUUUAUGUGGGGGUGUGUGCAUGCCUGCACGCAAGCCUGCGUUUGUGUCCGACUCCCUCAUUCCUCCCUUAUCCAUCCAUGCACAGCAUGAUAUAAACAAACCUGCCUCUGGACAUGUCAUGGCUUAAAAUAGAUGUUCAUACAUCAGCCUUUCCACAGCAGCGGCGGCAGCAGCAAGAAGACAUGGCCGACUGGAUGUGAGCACACACCACUCUGUUUCGAGCCGAGCCAUCUCAGCCCUCACCAAGGACCGUGGGUGGCAGCAGCAGCAGAAGAGACCUCCAGGCCAUUCUGCGGCCUUCACGACCCCACAGGUAUGCCUUGUGGGUCUCAGCAGCUCCAAUGGCUUUCCUGUCCCGGUUCUCCAGGAAUAGCACCAGGUCACCGAGCCGGGGUGUGCGAGAGGAACGCAACCAUCACCCCAUCCUCAGCAUCUUCGAGCUCGAACGGUUGCUGUACACAGGGAAGACAGCCUGUAACCAUGCUGAUGAGGUCUGGCCGGGACUCUACCUGGGAGAUCAAGAUAUAGCAGCCAACCGACGUGAGCUGGCUCACCUGCGCAUCACCCACAUCCUCAAUGCCUCACACAGCAAAUGGAGAGGGGGUGCAGAGUACUAUGAGGGCACGGGCAUCCGCUACCUGGGCAUUGAGGCCCACGACUCGCCCUCCUUUGACAUGAGCCCCUACUUCUAUCCUGCAGCUGACUUCAUCCAUCAGGCACUGAAUGAAGGAAGGAUCCUUGUGCACUGUGCUGUCGGGGUGAGCAGGUCGGCCACCUUGGUCCUCGCCUACCUCAUGAUCCGCCACCACAUGCCCCUCGUAGAAGCCAUAAAGACCGUCAAGGAUCACCGUGGUAUCAUCCCCAACCGGGGGUUCUUGCGCCAGCUGGUCGCCCUGGACAAUGCCCUGAGGCUGAAGAGGAGUGCAUGAAGGAGGAUGGGAGGGGCUGUGUGAUGGGAGCAGAGCUCAUCCCAUCCUGCUGAGUGGCACAGAUAGACAGGGCUUUCCUUCUGGUGCAGAUGCUUGGCAGCUAGUGGGUUCCAUGCAACCGGUCCCCCCCCCCUCACAGCAGAGGGGGUCCCCAGACAUGCGAGCUAUUCCUAGUGGUAAAGCAUAAGCCCUCAAUCUGCAACCUUGCCACUUAGGUAGGCGUAAUGCAUAGCCUCCUUCCCAUGCUCAUGCAGAGAUGCCUCUGGAGGGACAUGGCAACACGUUUCAGGUUAUUCUCGACCCCUUUUGGCUCCUGGAAGCCUUCAAGGGUUGGUUCUCCCAUGUGGCAGAUGCAUCUGCCAAGCCAGUCCCAUCCCUCCCUCCCAGGAGACUGAAGCUGUGUGUGUUCCUUGUCUUGUUUCCCAUUUGUUUUCGGUCUGUGUAGCAAUGUGAAUUAGGUCUGGCGUGUGAUCCCUGGCAAACAGGCCUUUAGUCGUAGUGUUUGAGUGUCCUCCAUGCUUUGUGUUAAACUAUACAAAUAAAAGCAGUGCUAAGGAAGAA